ACCCCCCCUCCCUCGAAUCUCCCGAUCCCAGAAGAAAACUCGACUGAAACCACGACUCGGGAAGAAAAGUCCUAUUAUUACGAGAUCGUCGAGGAGGAUACGAAAACCGAGCGGCGUCCCAGCUCCGUGAAAUCGAAAAGUCUCGCCUGGCCACCCCGUAAACCGAUCGAGGAUACCACCUAUCCGACCGCGAGUCCUUUGUACAUCGACCCGAAUCCGGCCCUCGAUCGAGGUAGCAGGCAGGCGGUGAGGGAGAAGAAGGCUUGCAUCGAGGCCUGCGAGAGAGCUCUGACGAGGAAGAGGGGCGAGAGCACGGAUCGCGAGGUGGAGAGAGCCAUGGAUCGGGUCAGUUGUCCGGGGCCAACUUACAGAAGGGUCGAGCUGGUCCACGAGACGAGUGCGGGAAGGCAGUCGAGAGGCGAGAUAACGACGUCGAGUCGGCCUAGCUCGACCGACUCGAGCGUUAGGAGAUCGUUGACACCGACCAGGAUCGUUCAACCGGUGCCGAAACCUUGGACCGCCACCGUGACGACCGGCGCCAAUCUAUACGAGCAGAGUUACGGGAUCGAGCCGGCGAAAGUGUGCAAGAAAUACCAUCAGAAGGAGAUAUGCCAGAGGGAGCGUAUAUGCGAGAGGAGUCAACCAUUCCGGGAGGAGCAUCGCUCCUAUCGGUCCGAGAUUUGCAGACGGGAGCACACCGUUUGCGAGAAGCCACCGUUGCCCGUCCAACACGUUGCGAGGCAAGAGGAGGCGAGGGAGGAGAUCACGGAGAUCGACAAGGAGGUGACCGAUUUGAGGCCGGCGGACGAGAUCGAGGAGGAAGGCGCGGGGAUCAAGGGGGAGCACGACUUCGUGACGGAGACGUCGGAGGAGGACGUGGAUGGGAUGCACGUGAAGAAGAAAAUGACGUUCGAGAAGACUGUCGAGAGAAUCCCGUCUCCCGCGCGCCCCAUCCCCUCCCCUUCCCCCACGGCCGUGGAGGAAGAAAGAAGGGAGGAGGAGAAGGAGGAGAGGGAGGAGGCGGUGGAGGAGAGGGUGGAGGAGACGGUGGAAAAGUCGGAGGAGAUCUACGAGAGGAAAACGUCGACCCACGUGGACAGGCAAGUGGAGGAGACGGAGGAGAAGACGGUGGUCGAAUCCGCGGAGGUGGUCACCUCUGCCGUGGACGUGCAACAGUUGGUGGAGAAAGCGAAGCGGGAGGAGGAGGAGAGGACGGAGGAGGAGGAGGAGGAAAGGCGGAAGGUGGAGGAGGAGGAGCGGAGAAGGAGGCAAAAGGAGGCGGAGGAGGAGGAGGAACGAAGGAGACGCGAGGAGGAGGAGCGUAGGAGACGGGAGGAAGAGGAGGAGCGGAGCAGGCACGUGACCUUCGAAGAGGAGGCGGAAGAAGUGGAGGAGGUUCGGGAACAACCUCUGGGAAGGACGGUGGUCCGCGAGGAGAGGGUGACGGAGGAGGAAAGCGACACCCCCGGGAAGAAGAAACUGGUGAAAGAGACUUACGAGGAGAUCACGGAAGAGGUGUUGGUCCAAGAACGCGUGAGAAGGAAGGGAACGAUCGAGGAGGAUCGGAAGAAGAGCCUGAGGGAACAGGUGCAGGUCCAUCAGAGUUUGAGGGAUCAACAAGCGCCCAAGGAUCGACGCGUGUGCUCCAAGUAUCCCCCGGCGCAGGAAAUCAUGGAGACCAAUAAAAAACGCGUCCAAUUCGUGAAGCAGACCGACACGGGCCCGAAACCGAUACCGCAUUCCGCCCUUCAGAACUCCACUCCGAAAGAGUGGAAAUCCGAGAUGGUGAACGCAUUGACGACCGCGCCCGACCGCCCUUACACGCCUCUCAGCACGUCUUCGAGCGUGAAAGAAGUGUACACGGAAGAGACGAUAUAUUUGGAUCACAGGUGUCGGCCUAAACCACCGCUGAAGGAGGAACUCCGGCCGAUCUCCCCGUUUCAGGAGGCGCUCAUGAUCGCGCCGGAGCGGCCGUACACGCCCCUCAGUCGCGAGAUCGGGCCGGACGAUCAGAAAAUCGCGAGCCGUUCCCAGACUCCCGUGCUUCAAGGGGGCGCCCAUUGCCCCCCCUCCGAUAUCCUGUUCGGCGAGGGGAAAAUCCGCGCGGAGCCGCCUCCCAAACCGUCCACCCCCCGACCAUUGCCCACUCCACCGCCGGAUUAUCGGCUGAGGGACUCUUCCCCCGUGAGAUCGAGGCCGCAGACACCGUGCAGCAAAGCUAUAACGGCCACGUUGAAGAAGCCCGACACUAUCCCCUCUUAUCAGAAAUAUUUAGUGGCAACGAGGAAAGGCGCGGUGGAGAGUCACACGUACCAACCGAGUAGAACACCCACCCCGACACCCGGAAGAUCCAAGUCGCCUGCUCAAGGUCCGCCGGAGCCACCCUCCUGCUUCGUCAAGGCCCACGCGCCGAGAAUCAGGGACGAUCCUCCGCCUAAGCGAAGCGCCAUACACUUCCCCACCAAGAAAAGCGUUUCUUACAAAAUAGACGAGGACACGGAUGACGGGCACAGGCACGCCGAGUACGUGGCGAGCAAGACGGUGGAUUUCGACGAGAAACGAACCGACGACCCGGGUCAAGAACCCACGGAUGCGGUCCACGCUCAAUAUCAGGAGAAACGGUACAUGACCAGCAAGGAAACGCACGAGCAAAAGCAGUCGGUGACGAAGAAAUCGCUCGAAGUCACCGAAGACUUCGAGAGAUGCGAGAAAAGAGUCCCAGCUCGACCAUUGCCAGAGCCACGGGAGAGACCGCCUAAACCGUCCGUCUGCGCCAUCGGUAGAACGAGCCCCUCUAAACCCUCCUUGCCUUGCCCCAUGGAAACGACCCCCUCUCCUCAACCGGUGUACAGCAGCUCGACGGAGGUGCGUCACGUUAGUUAUGCAACUCCACCGAGAUCGAAACCGUGCCCCGACACCGGCGUAACGGUGUUGCCGUGCAAAGCGCACUCCGACCAAGGCACGAAAGCGGGGGUGGUGGUGGUUCCUUGCGAAGGGCCGAUCCCUUGCUGCGAAAAAUCAGGGGUGUGCGUGGUCCCAACCUCGGACCGGUCGGGAGUGUGCGUCUCUCCCUGCCUCGGGACGAAAAGCUCGGGGAUCUGCGGCCAACCGUCCGGCCGUUGCGGCAAAGAAGAGCCAGCCUGCGACAUCGAGAUCCCUCCCAAUUGCCCGGAAUCCGGAAUCUGCGUAUCGCCGUGCCCCGAUGGAUCGGUUUGCGUGGCUCCUUGCACCAAGCCCGGCCUACCUCCCUCGAGGGCCAAACUUCCCUUCCCUCAGAUACCUUUCCCCUACGAGGACGCCCCCCCACCUUGCUCUCAAAGUAGGAACUCCUUCGAGCCUAUUCACAAGCCUCGCACUAAUUUGAGCGGGCAGCUAGCGCGGCUUACUUGCAAAACCGGCAGAACCGGCCACAACGUUCCCACCGUGCAAUUGUACAAGCCCGAAGCUCAACAACAAUGCCAAAAAGCUCGAAGCUGCAGCGAGACUAAGAGCUAUUGCUGUAAAAGCUAUUCUUCCUCCACCGAAACCCGUUGUCAAUCGAAUGGUCAAUGCUCGACCAGUUGCCAAUCCACCAGAGAUCAAUGUCAGACCCAAAAUUACUGUCAGGACGGUAUCCAUUGUGAACCCUCUAGUAAUACCCAAAGUUUAGUAGACCCACCAAAUUUGUCAUCCCACCCGGAUCUAGGUACCGGAGUCGGUGGCCUCGGUGGUGCCGGGUCCAAGAGCGGAACUUUCGCUGGUAGCAGCGCGCCAAAGCGAGGAAGGGGGAUCCUGAACCAAGCAACUGGACCGGGAUCACGAUUGCCCCUCUGCGCCCAUUGCAACUCUUACGUCAGGUACUCCCCCUUUGCUGUGCUAGGUGUGCCGAUUGUUGUUGUAUUUUUUUUUUUUUUUUCUCAAUGUUUGCCGCACUCUCCUUCUUAUCUUUACCUUCGUCCUCCAUCAUCGAACGACGAUGAUUUUUUGAAUAGCUUUUUUUUUUUUUACCUCGUUGUUCGUUCCGUCAACGUACGUACGCUUGGGGAAGGGGAGUCU